AUGGUUAAAACAGUAGUGCAAACCUCACUUAUUGUUCUAAACGGUACAGCUAAAAGAUCGUUUGAUAUUGCUCAUGGACUGAUAUUUAUCGUAUUUAUGGCUUUUUAUGCAUUAUUUAUUUUCAAAAUCAAGCCUUACAAUUAUUCAAGGUUUAGCUGAUGGCAAGGCAUGAGUAUAAUUGGAGUUAUUUGACUUGCAUUACUCUCAUUUCCAGGACUCAUAACAAAUAAUUGGAAUCUAUCGAUUUCACUAUUUGUAGUUCUUCUUUCAGGCUGGGGCAUUAUCAUAUUAGUUGGUUUGUAUAUUCAAAUAAAAAAGUUUCCUAGUAUGCUUUACAGGAAAAAAGGAUAUGACCCAAGUACUUUAUUUAAGUUUGCUUUUACCUUUGGUAAAAGUUCAAAAAUUUCUUUAGAAAAUUUCAACAAACUAGAAGUAUAG